AUGAUGCCUUAUCUACGCCUGAAUUUCAAGGCAGAGAUUCUAAUGUCAAUGCGGUCAUUGGCCCACGAGUCGGUCGGCCAGUUCGUUCCCCGCAAUCGCAGUCCGCAUUCCGCAAUUCGAUUCGGGCAGCUGGUAGUUCUCAGUACCCUUCUUCACUUUCCUCAAUCUUCUGAGGUAGUGCGCCAGGGACUAUGGACUUCAGUCCGCCCAACGCCCAGCCGUCGCCGAGCGCGACCUCCUCUGGGCGCGCUCCGUCAUCGGCACGGGGACCCCUCGCCGGAGGCCGUCAGAUCACCCGAAAUCGUGCGAGUUACAGUUGCCACACUUGUCGUCGGCGCAAACAACUGCGCAAAGACCGGCGCCGAGUGCAUAUACGAUGCAUCGGCAUCGUCGCAAAACACGGAAAGUGCGCGAGAGGGGUCCAUGCGACCUGGAUAUGGUUUGAAGCGUAGGAGGGAAAUGCCGCAAACGCUAGAGGAAGAUGUGGACGAAUUGCAAUCGAUGUAUGGCCACCUCAGAGACGAAGGUUCACCAAGCGAUCAAAAGGGGAACCCUCGCGCCAUUGAGGCUCGACUCGACAAACUUAUGUCCAUGAUUGAACGGCUCGGUGGUAAUCCUCAUGCACUCGAGGAAGCAGAGCGACAGGGCGUGACUCCCCUUAGAGGCAUGGAGUCUGCCCUGCUAGAACAAUUGCGACAAAGCAGUGGCACUCGAAAUGGACCGUCGGUUUCUUCUCGACGAUCAAGUCCACGUGCAGCAGCAGAAUCGAGUGGCGAUGAAUUUCCUAUCCCGUCGGGUCAAGCAACCGACCUCGUUGAUCCAGUUGGCAGCCUCAAUUUGGGACAUUUGAGUUUGGAGGAUGGUGGAAGAUCCAGAUACGUGGGAACAACAUACUGGGCCUAUAUUUCCCACGAGAUAAAUGAUCUUAAUCAGUUACUGAGAGAUCAAAAUCGGUCGCACGAUGUAUCAUCAGAGAAUGCGAAUGAUGAUUCCAACAACCCUGUGACCGGCUCGCGGAAAGCCUGGAAAGAGACGAUUGAUAGCUCUGCAUAUUCUGCGAUAUCUCAAUCUCGAGGUGGAUCUUUCCAGCGAUCCAUCAUCUUCCCAUCCGGUGAUUCUCCGUCGGUCAAUGAACAGACUGUUGAGCCUGAGAUGCUUGAGCAUGUUCCCACACGGCGCCAGAGCCACCUUCUAUAUAAAGGCUUCAUGUCAGGCGUCCACGCCAUCAGCCCUGUCCUUCAUCCUCCCACUAUCCUGAAACUCUACAAUGCCUUUUGGGACUGGUAUGACUACACCAGUUAUUCUGGAGAAUCAUGUCCGAAUCCUUCAUUCAUACCCUUGCUGUAUGCUAUCUGGUAUGGUGGUUCUGUGACUAUCUCCAUCAGAACCAUCAAAGCCGAGUUCAAUGCGCCUUCGCGUGUUUCACUCUCUGCAAUGUACAGCGAGGAGGUGACUCGCUGGUUAACGAAGAUCUCAUUUCCUCGCAGUCCCUCCCUUCAGGGACUAGCAGCCUAUCUCAUAGUGCAGACUAUAUUGUCAAAAGAAGAAGAGCCUUUGACAAGCAGUCUGUUUGUCAGCCUGGCCAUGAGAGUGGCCCAAACGAUGGGUCUACACCGCGAUCCAGCCAACUUUGGCAUCGAACCGUGCGAGGCAGAGUAUCGACGACGACUCUGGUGGCAUAUAAUGCACAUGGAUGGUGUUGUUGCCAUGUCGAGCGGCCUUCCCCCACUCGUGAGCGACGAAAAUUACUGGGACGUGCGGGAGACUAGUGAGAUCAAGGAUACCUUGCUGGGCACACCAACAGCGGAACAAUAUGAAAAACUGCUUGCCACCACGCAAAGGUUACCCGAUAACCCUGACGAUCCGUCCGUGUGUGGCGGCCCAUCCAUGGUGAAUGUCUUCUAUAUGACUGCCAGGGGGAAAUACACAAUGGCUCGUGCUGUUCGUCAGAUUUUAAAGAUUCAGCUCGGCACCAAGCCUCUCACCCGUAGCGAUAUGGAGGAAUUGCGAGCAAUCCUUCUCGACCUACAGCUGAAACUGAACUCAAUAGUGAACAGAAUCCCGGAGGGCUUGCCUACUGGUAGUCCUUCAGUAUCAUCAGGACGGGCACUAUCUAUGUCCAAAUCUCCUGUCGAAGCUCGUUCCACCGAAACGGAGCUUCCAGGCGAAGGACCUAACGGCUGUCCCGAACAAUACCACACUGCAGUUCUUGUUUCGUUCCACAAAUGGGCUCGGAUUAUUCUAUCUUUAUAUAUUGACAAGGCAUUUUGUGUGGCAUAUCAGCCGUUCCUCAAAAAUGCACGCAGUCGAAUCUGGCCGGCGGCACGACAAAGUGCCCUUCGCCACUGUCACGGGUUCAUGGAGAAAUUUAUCCAGCUUGCGACUGACCCCGACUUUCAACCUUUUCAAUGGAGCUGGCCUGGGAUCAUGCUUAUUGACCUAUACGAGCGACCGUAUAGCCCAGAGGCCUCACGCUCGCGUGCUUUUAUCGACCGAAUAUUGGCUCUCUCCGGGCCCGAUGGCGGCGUGGUUGGUGGCGAAGAUGGCAUCUCCACACAACGGCCGCUAAAGGAUGGUGGCCGCGAAGCAUGGGACAUGAUCCGUCGCCUGCGCCAAAAGGCAUGGCAAAAAGCCGGUUUGAAUCCACAAAUGCUCUGGACCGAGCAAGAUCAAAUCCAGGCUGGUAUAGCAUCCCCAGCGGGAGAAGCUCGUGGCUCCCGUGGACCAUUCUAUUCAGGGACGUCAUCUGUGCCUGCAUCCCCUGGGACGUUAGCCACCAUGCCUUCACAUCAACCCGUCGCUCCUGAUCGCCAACUCUCCGAUUUCAACCGCAUGUUCUACAACAUGACUCGCUCUCACGUCCUUCCCAGCCCCGCGGUAACUUCCGCGUCCGGCAAACCAAGCCCACUGCGACACACAUAUCAACUGUCCCCACCAACCCGAACCUCUGCUCCCCUUCCAACUCCACAGCAAAACCCCACACCAGCAGGUGUCACUCUUCCGACUCCCGACGUUCUCCCUGCACCCGCCACCAUCGCAAAUUCUCCCCAGCUCCAAUCGGUCGACCAGAACAACCUCUCCCCCAAUAUUCCGAACUCUCCAGCCAUGCCUUUCAUGGAUCCGGUCUCUUCUAACCUACCCCCAAUGAGCGUUCCCACCCCACCAUCAAUGGUUGACCCUAACCUGAAUUUUGACUGGGAUCAAUGGGAUGCCGUCUUCGGACAACAUCUUCCCGUCGCCGAUGAACUGAUGGAGUUGGAUCCCGUUUCUGGGCUGGAUUUUGCCAAUAUCGGCUUUCCUGGUACCAAUACGAACGCCGACGUGCGAUUUAAUGGGCUACCAGCUACAUCUUUGCCUGGAAAUGGGAAUCUACCACCAGCUUGGGCAGAGACUGGCUCUGGAAACCCUGGGGUUCCGUCCAGUGACUGGACGGGGUAUUGCUGA